AUGGCGCACAAUGACGGAGGGUUGAGAUGCUUGUCCAAUAUUCCUCUGAGUGACAUCCGUGAAGCCGAGAGCCGUUUGAGGGGUGUGUCAGUGCGGACACCACUCAUACCGUAUAAUGUUGAGGAUUGCAGCGGACAACAGAUAUAUCUAAAGUUGGAAAACUUACAGACAAUUGGUUCUUUUAAACUGAGGGGUGCAUACUAUGCGAUCAAAUGCCUUGACCCCAGUGUUUUGAAGCAUGGUAUAUGCACAUCAAGUGCUGGUAACUUUGGACAGGGCUUGGCGUGGAGUGCCAAACAAUUGGACAUACCGUGUACUGUAAUUGUGCCAGAAAAUGCUCCCACAAUUAAACUGGAAGCCAUUGCAAGACAUGGUGGAAAUAAUGUCAGCAUUAAACAAAUACCAUACUUGGAGUGGUGGGAUGUUAUGUGUAAACACUAUUAUCCGGGAAUGCAGGGGACAUUUAUUCAUCCUGUCUGUGAUGCUGAUGUCAUUGCAG